AUGAUCCCUACUGGCAUGAACUGCGCCUGGACUUUUGUGGACGGUCGUCCGAAACAGGACGUAGCAAGUUGGGCCGGCACGCUAAUGGUCUCAAGCGAGCUGGUUUCAGAUACCUCACUUUAUGGCGGGCUCACUCAUGUCGACCUUUCUAUCAAACUCUCAAAGGAGUUCACGAUAUUGGACGUUCUCGACUUUCUCUUGGACAAUCACAUGGACCGCUACAACUUCAAUGCACACGGGAUGGGGUGUCUGCACUGGAUCGUGAUUGCCAUUCAACAACUUCAAGACGCCGGGUUUGUCGAACCACAAGCUGUGGAAAUGCUUCAAGCUUUCCACGCGAAACAGCUGGAGCUUCACCCGGACAGGCACCCGCUUCCAUUGCCAAAGGGGAGUUCUAUGAUUAAGGCGAGUAUCUCCGUCAUAUGA